CUCUUGAAUAUGACGUUCUCCGUGACGACACGUUUUUUCGUUCUUUAGCCAACGCUACGCACCUCAGUUUUUAGUUUUUGCGAAGUUGUUGGCUUUAUUUGUCUUUGUAGGUUUGUUUAUUAUUUUUUAUUUCUUCAGCUCAGAUUGGUUAGUGGUUGCUUUUUUGUGCGGAAGGUGUUUUUGUUCUCUCCCUUCGCGGGGGAACAAAAAGAGCAGAGAUGUAUAACGGGAUCGGGCUGACCACGCCGCGUGGCAGCGGCACCAACGGCUACGUGCAGAGGAACCUGUCGUCGGUUCGGGCCAAGCGCAGCCGAGAUGAUCACGGAGGACCGAAGGACGAGAAGGACAGAGAGAGGCUGGAGAGUCAGCUGAACCGACAACCCAACGCUGACAUCCUGGAGCACCAGAGGAAGAGACAGCUGGAGGUCAAAUGUGCUGAACUGCAGGACAUGAUGGAAGAGCAAGGGUACUCCGCUGAGGAGAUCGAGGAGAAGGUGAGCAGUUUCCGUAUGAUGCUGCAGGAGAAACAGGAUCCUCCUGCACCCACUGCCGAGAAAGCAAAUGUGACCGAGACGCACGCUCUCGCCGCCGCUAACCAGCAGAAGAACGACCGGCUCAGGGAGGCGUUCGGCAUCGGCUCGGACUACGUGGACGGCUCGUCCUUCCACCCCGAGCGUAAAGAGCGAGAGAGAGAGAAGAGAGAGCAGGAGAGGCUGGAGAGAGAGAAGCUACAGCAACAGAAAUAUCAGAUUAUUGAAGACUCUGACGAGUCGGAUUCUUCAUCCACUCGGAAACAGAGCCGUAAGAAGAAAAGGAAGAAAGAAAAAAGUAGAGAGAGCUCUGAAAGUCCUUCUCCAUCUCCUCGAAGAGAGAAGAAAAAAAACAAGACGAAGAAAAAGAAAAGGGAGCGGUCAGUGCAGAGUGACCACCGCGGGAGUUCGUCCGAGGACAGGCCCGAUAGAAAGAAGAAUAAAAGGAAGAGGAGUAGUGAGAACGAGACUCCGCCCCCUACGAAGAGCCGGCGGCGGCGUAGCGGAUCGUCCAGCUCGGCUCGCAGUUCACCGGCCGUGUUAAAGGAGAAACAGCACAAUCCACCUGUGGCCCGGGCAGAUGAGGGGAGGAAGGGCAGAUCUCCUGAGCGCAGGGGUCGCCACAGGGACAGUCCGGAGAAGGUGGAGGUUCGAGAGUCUUCAAGGCAUUCCAGGUCCCCCGAUCGAAACAGGAAGGACCGGGAGAAGGAACGAGAGCGAGAAAAGGAGCGAGUGAAGGAAAAGCCCCAAAAAGGGCUUCACGAUUCGUCAUCUCCGCCUCGGUCUCCACCCCCUAAACAGCAGAGAGACAGACGAGCACGCAGUGAAGAGCGAGACAGGGAGAAACCUCCUCAACGGAAAAAACACGACUCGUCUUCUCCAUCACCGUCUCCGAAACGACAGCGGGACGGGAGGCAGAGGAGCGUCGAGAAAGAGCGAGAAAACGACAGGAGGAAGAGGGACAACAAACCCCAGAAGAGACACGACUCCUCUGCGUCAUCACCCUCUCCUUCACCGCAGAGAGACCGAGCGCGGAGGGGACGCAGCGGCGAGAAGGAGAGAGCGUCUUCACCCGCACGUCCUUCAGACAGGGACAGAGCGAGGGACAGAGACACCGUCCCGCAGAGUCGAGUCAGAGAGAGCGAGAAACGGAGAGAGCGAGCCCGCUCCAGCGACUCGCCCGUCUCGCCUGCCCGCCGCUCGCCACGCACCAACGGAAAGCAGAAAGAAGCGGAGCGCGAGAGGGAGAGGGAGAAAGAACGGGAGGAGGCCAGAGGAAAAGAGCGAGAGAGGGAUGCGGAAAAAAGACGAGAAGAGACUAGGAGAAAAGAGCGAGAGAUCGAGAAAGAAAAGGGACAAGAGGAGACGAGGAGAAACGAACGAGAGAGCGAGAAAGAAAAGGGACGAGAGGAGACGAGGAGAAACGAGCGAGAGAGCGAGAAAGAAAAGGGACGAGAGGAGACGAGGAGAAAUGAGCGAGAGAGCGAGAAAGAAAAGGGACGAGAGGAGACGAGGAGAAACGAGCGAGAGAGCGAGAAAGAAAAGGGACGAGAGGAGACGAGGAGAAACGAGCGAGAGAGCGAGAAAGAAAAGGGACGAGAGGAGACGAGGAGAAAUGAGCGAGAGAGCGAGAAAGAAAAGGGACGAGAGGAGACGAGGAGAAACGAGCGAGAGAGCGACAGAGAAAAAGUACGAGAGGAGGUGAAGAGAAACGAGCGAGAAAAGGACAGGAGACGCUCUGAAGAGAGACGCUCUGGGAAAGACAGCGAGGCGGGAGACAGGAGGACGGAGCGAGACAAAGCCGCGGCGGAGACGGAGAGACAGGACGAGAAUGCGAGGGAGGACGAGAGGCCAGGAAGAACUCAGGAGAACUCGAGUCCGCUGGAGAAAGAGAGAGAGAAAGAGCAAAGCAAGGAAAGAGAGAAAAAGAAAUCGAAAGGUUCGAGCAGCAGUGACAGCAGCAGCAGCAGUAGUGACAGCAGCAGCAGUGACAGUGACAGCGAUUCUGACAGCUCAUCAUCGUCAUCUUCAUCCUCCUCUUCCUCCUCUUCGUCCUCGUCUUCGUCCUCCGACGAUGAAAAGAAGGAGAAAACUAAAGAGGUGCCUCGCGCAGUCGUAGUGCAGGCCGUGGCUCAGAGAGAGAAGGAGAAGGGAGGGAGAAACACAGACAGGUACACGCCCACAGAGCGGGAGAGCUCCGCCUCUGCAUCCGCACAGGCUCCGCCCACCAGGAAGGACGACCUGGAAAGAGGCAGGAACAGGAGAUCUCCGUCUCCUCAGAAGGAACGACAGAAAGAGAGAGAUCGAGGGAAAGAGCGGUACACUCCUACAGAGACCUCGAGCCCUCCUCCAUCCCCCCCAGCACGAAGGAGGUGCAGUCCGGAGGAGAACACAAGAACCCAAGGCAAAGUUCCGGAGAAGCCCAAGGAGCGAGUCAGGGACACGCCCUCGGACCUCGAGAACCGAGAGAAGAACAGGACGAGUGAAAGAAAGCGCGCGUCUCCACCCAGAGCUCGGGAGGAGGAGAGCCGGAACAAACGGGGCCCGUCACCAUCACGGUCUCCGUCACGAUCUCCAGGACGCCGCCGCGCAGAUGCUCCACGCUCCCCGAGCCCGAAGCGUGGAGGCAGGAGAGCGACGCCGCCCCCACGCCGAGACCGAGAGAGAGAGAGAGAAAGAGGGAGGCCAGGAGAUAGAGACCGAGCACGCUCACGAGAAAGGAGGACGAGAAGCAGCAGGUCACGCAGCCCGCGCAGACGCUCGCCUCCGUACAGGUCCCGUCGCUCUCCUUCUCCUGCAUACCGCCGCAGAAAUAGUCGCUCUCUGUCCAGAGAGAGGGAGAGGGAGAGGGAGAGAGAGAGGGAGAGAGAGAGGGAGAGACUUCGUGAACAACAGAGGGAGAGGGAGCGAGAGCAGGAGAGAGAGAGAGAGCGAGAACGUGAAAGAGAGAGAGAAAAGAAAGCAAGAUCACCUCCUCCUCGCUCUCCGUCUUCUUCCUCUACGUCUUCAUCCUCCUCGAGUUCGUCCUCUUCGUCCUCGCCCUCUCCUCAGAGGAAACCCGAUCCCCAGAAGGACAGAAAGUCCGAGAAGAAGCUCCGCUCUCGCUCCUCCUCGCCUCCUCCAGCUCGGGAUUCUCCUAAACGCUCCAGACAACCUCCUCUGCGUGGCAGGUCUCCUCCCGUCAGCCAAUCGGACGCCAGAAAGACCUCGAAGGCUGGAUCGAGGAGCCAGUCACCUGCGGAGCGCCGCACGGCUCUGAGCCCGGAGCGGCCGAUCGGAGGGGAGAACGAGGUGAACGGGAGAGCAGAGAAAGAAGUCGUGAAGCAGCAGAAGAAGAGUGACAGCAGGAGCAGCUCCAGCUCUUCGUCAUCCUCUUCUUCGUCGUCGUCUUCAUCCUCGUCCUCCGAUAGCUCCGACUCUGAGACGGAGAAAGGGCAGGGGAAAGCGGCAGCGAGUAGGCCCUCGUCCUCCUCCGAGAGUGAGGAAGUGAAGAAGAAAAGUCCUCCUCGUCGGCCGAGAGAACCUGCUGACUCGCUCAGAGACUCCAGAUCCCUCAGCUACUCUCCUCCUGCACGUCUGCGCAGAACCGCACGCUCUCCUCCUGCUCGCAGGAGAUCGAGGAGCAGAUCGAGCUGCAGGCGGAGAAAAUAGAUAAUCGUGCUGUACAUCACUGACACGUUCUUCGUAUAUUUUUUUUCCCCCGACCUUUCUUUUGUGUCUUUGGGAGAAAAAAAACAAAAAAACCACACAGCAGAAACGUGUUUGUAAAUUAUGAUCCGCACAUGAGUUCUGAACUGGAGCGAGGAGUCAUCUCAGAUUUUCUGCACUCACGUUUACCCACAGGGGUGUUUUUGGUUUAUUUUUUACUUUCAUUACGGUGAUGAUGCGUGAGGAAGGGGAGAGAGAGAGAGAGAGAAGUAGAGUCACAGACACGUCAUGUGUUCCUCCGUGCCAACACAAAGCUGAAUACUCAACUAAAAAUAAAUACACCGGUGUGUUUUCUCUCUCUCUCUCUCUCUCUCUCUCUCUCUCUCUCUCUCUCUCUCUCUCUCUCUCUCUCUGUCUCUCUCUACCCUGCUGCGUUGUUCUGAAUGUAGAUAAGUCACUAUGGUCAGAGCCGUCACUGAGUGGACCGUGUCCCGCUUACACGCCUCUUUCUUUCACUUUGUGGGGAAAAAUGAGGACUAAUGAAUAAAUAAAUAAUAAAUGGUUGUAUCUGUA